GGACCCGAUUCGGUUCUGGGGCUCGUACGGUAGAUUCGGAGAGAUGCUUUGUUUCUACUUGGAAGAUCAGGAGCAGCUGUUGUCCCGCUAGAAAGGACGGGCUCACGGCCAGGUUUGUGCAGCUUUGCACAGGACAAUCAGCGCGCACAGGUCUUGCCCUUGUUUCGUGAUGCAAUCGCUUUACAAAUUACAGUUAGAAACACGAUAGGUCGCUACUAUUGCACAUUUUCUAGGUUUUGCAAGAAACUUCUCUACGAUCACAAGGAGAAUGAUGGUUCAAAAGAACUCCGAAGCUUGUAUAGCUGAUACGAAGGGACUAGGACGGGCUACGGAUGAAUGUUCUGAGCUUGUGGAGGAUUGAUGGCGGCAGGCAUUUGCAGCAUUGGCUUGAAUCAGUCACUUGGCGGGCGAGUGGCCUCCUAGCUAGUGCCCAGCUCCCUUCCUGGCAUUGCUUCCACUUCUGUCUGACAAGCUUGUCAAGCCCUUCAUUGACCUUGAAGCGAGCACUGCCCUCAUGGCAAUCACUCACGAACCUUUAAUCACGUCUUGGGAAUGCUGAAGCUCCCAUUUGUUUGGUGCUCUAGCCGCCUUAUCCUGACUCUGUACAUAGUUCUCUGCAAAUAUGGGACAAGUUGGAUCAAGGAGCAACCACGGUCCUGCUUCCUCGCACCACGUCAACUCGACAGCAGAGCAGGAAAAGCUGACGCGCAAUUCGAAGGAUUCAGAGAAGCCAGUGCUUUAUUCUGAAGGUGUAGUGUGGCAAAACUACGAGCUCGACUUGGAAGGGACGACCAGGCUGGCUUGGCAUAUUAGGUCUGCGUCUGUUGAGUAUGGCCAGGAUCUGAGUGGCGGCUUGGCAUUGGGCUUGGUAGGAGAAAUCCUGAUGAAAGGAGCAAUCGCUUACAGAUUCAUGUCAGAAAAGGCUUCAGUGCGAGAAAGUGGUGGGGACGUGGAUGUGGAGGGCCGGGUCUAUGUGCAGGACCUUGCGUCGGGGCUGCAACUGAGGGGCGAGGCGAUGACUUGGAGCCCUGAAAGCCAGACACUGCGUCUGCAUGGCGGUGUCGCCGCUUGUCGCGGUUCGAGUUUCUGGCUUCGGGGCCCCGCCCUCAAUCUUGUUUCGAGUGUCUCAGCAGCACCACGGAGAAAGCAAGGGCAGAGCUCUAACUUCCUCCAGCCAGCAAAGCAGCCGCACAAGAGCUCGGCUUUUCUUGGUCUGGUUGCUCCUAAAGGGUGGUCUGGGUGUUUGAAUGUAGAGGGGCCUGCUCAUGCAUGGAUUGUGUCCCCAUCGACAAUAAUCGGCGGCAGGCAAGCAGCACAGAAGGAAGCGCGUCGUAUAGUGAGCAAGCUUGUUGCUGCCCCUAUGGUUGAAUCGCGGCCAUGGACAAGUAAGAUUGAGAAGCCAAUUUGCGCGCCACCAUCUGAUAGAAACGGAGCUUUGCUGCCGGGAAAGCCGUCUCCUAUAGGAAGGGAUAAUGAGAGGAGAUCGGCAUCGUACAAGCGUAGCCGGCAAGGUAGGGAAAACAUAGAGAUUCAGAUCGAAGUAAGCGAUGGGUUGACUUGGGACCUAGCGACUGAUGCUCUGGCAUCGGAUGGCAACAUUUCGGUAUGGUGUGACAAAGUUUUUGAUCGUCCGAGGUGACUGUCGGGAGAGUCCAAAAUGAAGCGCCAAUAUGAGCCCAUUACCGGAGAUUUGUUCCAGUGAAUACGUGCUUCCUUAUCAAACCGUCAUGUACACGCAAGAGCACGCCAAUUGCAAACACAAACCCAAAUGGGCG